UUAAAUUUUAAGAAGGGUAAGAGGAGCUCUAAUUAUCACUAUAGAAAACCAAUAUGAUCAAACAAAAUAAACUACCAGGGGAGACCCAGGUUGAAAAUAGAGGUAGGAACUGAUAUGUUAAACCAAAGAAGAAAGUUACAUCAGGAAAGUAUAUCAAGAAGGAUCAAGCAAAAAUUAAGGGGCCAAAGCCAAAAGGCAAUUUUAAUUUCAUCCCGAAUAAGUCUGUGAACACCUCUCUAAGUGAGAAGGCUACAGUCCCAAGGAUACAGAGUGUGUACAAGACCCAUAAUCGGUCAAUCUCUAUCAAAGAGACGUUGGAUAUUGUAGCAUUUAGCCCAGAAGUGGACAGUACAAGAUUAAGCAAGAACCCUAGCAAUACCAAGACCUCUCCUAAAACAAUUGAGUUUACCCUAAACCAAGAGCCUUAUAAUACAACUGAUGAGAGACCUCACCUGAAGACUAAAUAAGCUGGAUGGUUCAAAUACUGAAAGGAAUAAGAAAAUUCUUAAGCGGAAGAAAGUGAAAAAGAUCGGAGGAAGUAUUAGUGUCACCCAAAAUGAGAAGUUGCAUUCACAUCAUACUUCCAUGCAUUCGAAGAACCCCUCGAUUAAUAGCACCAGCCGGGUCUGAGACUACCAGGUGAAGGACAAGAAAGGAAAUCUGGAGAAAAUAUGGAUGAAAAUUAGGAAAAUCUCAGCCAAAAGAUCUUCCAUUCCAAGCAAUAAGAAAAGGAAGAAGGGAAAGAAGAAGUAUCUCCUGAAUAGCCCUAUUUCAAAAAAGAGAUGAUUUAAAACACCGAUUGUGGACAAGAGCUGGGAAUUUAAAAUCUCUCCCCAAGCGAAGCUGAAUCUGAAUCUAAAGCAAGUUUCAGGAGAGAAGGCCAAGAAGAAUAAAAAGGAGUCUGAGAAGAAAGGUACUGAUUACAGUCUUGGUAAAUGCCUUGAUCUUGACUCUAACGAUCUCCCAGAGUUACCUGUGAAGGAAUCUAGAGCUAAUAAUAUGUUAAAAGAUUACCUCACCAGGAACUCAAAAGCUAGCGAUACUUUAGGUAGUGAUAGACAAUCAAUGGAGCAGGCAGGGGAGAAUAAGUCUCAAUUUUAUACUCCUAAUUAUGUUCAGUCUCUUUCUGAAGAAGUCCACCUUCUUGAAUCAAAGAAGAAAGCUUUACUCUGAGAUGUGAUCACUCUUGAGAAAAAGAUCAAAGAGCUUAAAGAUGAGAAAGAAGUUUUAGAGAUGGAGAAAGUACAAGAAUAUUACGCCCAGAUGCAUAUGAGAGACCAUGAUGUAUUUCUCUAAAUUUUCA